AUGUCGGUCAAGGGAAAAGUCUUCACUAUAACGGGGGCAGCGUCGGGAAUGGGCCUCGAAACGGCGAGGCUAUUUGCGAGCAAAGGCGCAACACUAUCUCUUGCUGACAUCCAAGAGAAGCCUCUCAAGGAGCUUGAAGCUGAACUACAAAAGUCUGGUGCCAAGGUCAUGUCCAGAGUCGUCAAUGUCAGUAAGCGUGCGGACGUUGACAGCUGGAUUGCGGACACAGUCGAGAAGUUUGGCAAGAUAGACGGUGCAGCAAACCUAGCUGGUGUCAUUGGCAAGCAGAGCAGCGUCGCUACCAUCGAGGAAGUCGACGAUGACGACUGGGACUUUAUCAUGGGAGUAAACGUUGUAGGUUUGCGGAACUGUCUCCGCGCAGAGGUUCCGCAUAUGAAUGAGGGAAGCGCCAUCCUCAAUGCUGCAAGUAUCCUGGGUCUUGUUGGUGCACCCAAACAGCUUGCGUAUUGCGCAUCGAAGCAUGCUGUCGUUGGCAUGACUAGAUCCGCAGCAAAAGAGCUAGGCCCGAAGAACAUCCGAGUCAACUGCAUUUGCCCGGGUCCAGUUGAUACAGCAAUGCUGAGAAAGUCCUAUGAGCUUCAAGGGACGGUGGUGGAUUACUCAUGGCUCCCACUUGGACGGGCGGCGCAUCAAAAAGAAGUACCACCGCUGAUUGAAUUCUUGCUUACAGACGCAUCAUCUUUCAUCACUGGAAAUGCGAUGCCAAUUGAUGGUGGAUGGUACUGCUAGACGUGGAUGUCAGAGGGCACUUGUGUGGUGGCCUCGGGCAGGGUGGCGUGUACAUUCUAGGCUUCAUUGAGGCGUUGAACACCGUAGAUAACAAGCUACAUUUGAACAGUGCAAA